CUCCGUUCCUCCGGAUUUCGAUCCCCCUUUUUCUAUCUGUCAAUCAGCGCCGCCUUUGAACUGAAAAGCUCUCAGUCUAACUUCAACUCACUCAAAUCCGAGCGGCACGAGCUCCUCCUGUAUCUUCGGCUUCCCCCCCCUUUGCUCUUUAUAUCUGACUUCUUGUUGUUGUUGGUGUUUUUUUUUUUUACCCCCCUUUUUUAUUUAUUAUUUUUUUGCACAUUGAUCGGAUCCUUGGGAACGAGAGAAAAAAGAAACCCAAACUCACGCGUGCAGAAGAUCUCCCCCCCUUCCCCUCCCCUCCUCCCUCUUUUCCCCUCCCCAGGAGAGAAAGACCCCAAAGCAGAAAAAAAGUUCACCUUGGACUCGUCUUUUUCUUGCAAUAUUUUUUUUUGGGGGGGGCAAAACUUUUUUGGGUCUUUUUUUUUUUUUUUUUUUGGAUUCUCUUCCUCCUUCAUUUUUCUUCCAAAAUUGCUGCUGGUGGGUGAAAAAAAUGCCGCAGCUGAACGGCGGUGGAGGAGAUGACCUAGGCGCCAACGACGAACUGAUUUCCUUCAAAGACGAGGGCGAACAGGAGGAGAAGAGCUCCGAAAACUCGUCGGCAGAGAGGGAUUUAGCUGAUGUCAAAUCGUCUCUAGUCAAUGAAUCAGAAACGAAUCAAAACAGCUCCUCCGAUUCCGAGGCGGAAAGACGGCCUCCGCCUCGCUCCGAAAGUUUCCGAGAUAAAUCCCGGGAAAGUUUGGAAGAAGCCGCCAAGAGGCAAGAUGGAGGGCUCUUUAAGGGGCCACCGUAUCCCGGCUACCCCUUCAUCAUGAUCCCCGACCUGACGAGCCCCUACCUCCCCAACGGAUCGCUCUCGCCCACCGCCCGAACCUAUCUCCAGAUGAAAUGGCCACUGCUUGAUGUCCAGGCAGGGAGCCUUCAGAGCAGACAGGCCCUCAAGGACGCCCGCUCACCGUCACCAGCACACAUCGUUUCGAACAAAGUGCCGGUGGUGCAGCACCCUCACCAUGUCCACCCGCUCACGCCUCUUAUCACCUAUAGCAACGAACACUUCACCCCGGGAAACCCGCCGCCACACUUACCAGCUGAUGUAGACCCCAAAACAGGAAUCCCACGGCCUCCGCACCCUCCAGACAUAUCUCCGUAUUACCCGCUAUCGCCCGGCACCGUAGGACAAAUCCCCCAUCCGCUAGGAUGGUUAGUACCACAGCAAGGUCAACCAGUGUACCCUAUCACGACAGGAGGAUUCAGACACCCUUAUCCCACCGCGCUGACCGUCAAUGCUUCCAUGUCCAGGUUCCCUCCCCAUAUGGUCCCACCACACCACACUCUGCACACCACCGGCAUUCCCCAUCCGGCCAUAGUCACGCCAACGGUCAAACAGGAAUCCUCCCAGAGUGACGUCGGCUCCCUCCACAGCUCAAAGCACCAGGACUCCAAAAAAGAGGAAGAGAAGAAGAAGCCCCACAUAAAGAAGCCCCUCAACGCAUUCAUGUUGUAUAUGAAGGAAAUGAGAGCAAAGGUCGUGGCCGAGUGCACGUUGAAGGAGAGCGCGGCCAUCAACCAGAUCCUCGGGCGCAGGUGGCAUGCACUGUCCAGAGAAGAGCAGGCGAAGUACUACGAGCUGGCCCGGAAGGAGCGACAGCUUCACAUGCAGCUGUACCCUGGCUGGUCCGCGCGGGAUAACUAUGGGAAGAAGAAGAAGAGGAAAAGGGACAAGCAGCCAGGAGAGACCAAUGACCUGAGCGCUCCUAAGAAAUGCCGAGCGCGCUUUGGCCUUGAUCAACAGAAUAACUGGUGCGGCCCUUGCAGGAGAAAAAAAAAGUGCGUUCGCUACAUACAAGGUGGAGGCAGCUGCCUCAGCCCACCCUCUUCAGAUGGAAGCUUACUAGACUCGCCGCCCCCCUCCCCGCACCCGCUGGGCUCCCCUCCCCCCGACGCCAAGGCACAGACUGAGCAGACCCAGCCGCUCUCGCUGUCCCUGAAGCCCGACCCCCUGGCCCACCUGGCCAUGAUGCCCCCGCCGCCCGCGCUCCUGCUGGCCGAGGCCGCCCACGGCAAGGCCUCCGCCCUCUGUCCCAACGGGGCCCUGGACCUGCCACCUGCCGCCCUGCAGCCACCCCUGGCCCCCUCCUCGCUCGCACAGCCGUCGACGUCUUCCUUACAUUCCCACAGCGCGCUGGCCGGGACGCAGCCCCAGCCGCUGUCCCUCGUCACCAAGUCUUUAGAAUAGCUCUCGGUGUCCCGCCUGGUGUGAGUGUCCCCCCGGUCCUUGGUUUGCCUCCCCCCCCCCACCGGAAAGCUUUUGUUUUGUACUCUUAAUUUUGUGCCACGUGGCUACAUGAGUUGAUGUUUAUCGAGUUCAUUGGUCAAUAUUUGACCCAUUCUUAUUUCAAUUUCUCCUUUUAAAUAUGUAGAUGAGAGAAGAACCUCAUGAUUCUACCAAAAUUUUUAUCAACAGCUGUUUAAAGUCUUUGUAGCGUUUAAAAAAUAUAUAUAUAUACAUAACUGUUAUGUAGUUCGGAUAGCUUAGUUUUAAAAGACUGAUUAAAAAACAAAAAGGAAAAAAAAAAAAAAGAGAAGCAAUUUUGAAGCAGCCCUCCAGACGGAGUUGGUUCUGUAUUAUUUGUAUUAAAUACGAGCUUGCGAACCAAUCAUUUUACACCUGGUUUUUAAACCACAGGGGCACGGUGAAUGCAGUGCCAUUACCUUUUUUUUGUUUUUUUUUUUUUCCUGUGUGAAACAACUUUUAUUGUGAUGUUACUUGUUAUUGUUUAAAUGUACAGAAACAAAGGGUUAAAAUGUGUUAAUAUACCUUGUUCCAUGGUGUUGUUCUUUUGGGGGGAGGGGGAUGCUACUCAACAAUUAAUGGAAUCACAACGCUGUUGGACCAGUAGUAUUUAUUGCUUUAGAGAUUGCUUGUACCUGUACGUCGUCCCUUUUUAAAUAUGUUUUCCUUUUUCUUGAAACUGUAUAAAGUUUUUUUCCCCCUUAGCAUAAGCAUCUUAUAUAUAACAACUCAUUUGUACAAGGUUUUUAAGUUUAUAUAUAAAAUGUGUAUAUAUUUUUUUGUUUCCCUUUUUUGACUUUUAUUUUUUUUUCUCUCUCUCUCUCUCUGUAUGAAACCCAGACGCCGCCAAAUGGACAUUCAUAGUUGCAUUAAGGAUCAGUAGCAUUAACAAAAGUUGCUUUAAAAGCCAUUAUGUAAAACAAGACUUGAACAUUAGUGAGGGAAUCCUAGCGAAGCUGUCUGAGCAGCAGUGGGAACCGCCCGUUUCCCCUGUGAACUCCUAGUCAAAUGCCCUGUGCCCUUAGGACAUGGACUGACCGUGUGCAAAACUUGAUGUGCCAAAAUUCUCAGUGACUUUAGCUUUCUCCCUCUUUUUGAUGCUGUACUUUCUGUUCACCAUGUUUUGCUGUGAUGUUACAUAGGUAGAUUUGUAUGUAGUUUUAAUGUCACCUAUAACAAAAUGUGUUUGGUAGCAGAUUGUCCAGAAAGCAUUUUAAAUGAAGAGGUAUAAACCCUUAAGGGCCAAAAUUCUGUAUAUUAGAUUACUCUUAAAAUGAAAAAACCAGCUGCCGCUUUUAUGUACACACAAGACAUACAAGUAGGUAGCGAACUUUAAAAAUAAAAAAAACCUAGGCAUGUUGAUGUUGCAAAAUGCUGUAUAAAGCUGAAACCUGUUCAUUCAGUGCCAUUGUAGUUGACAUGAAGCGAUUGUAAAACUGUCUCCGAUUUUUCUCUGGUUUAUUAAAAUGCUAACUAUAACAUUUUUUGUGAAUACUUUGAAUGUUUCCUAACAGUUGUGAUGUUACUGUUCCGUUUUAUGCUCUUAUUCCAAGUUCAUUUUUAAUGGUUUGGAAGCCAUUUUUGUAAUGAAUAAAUGUUCAUGCUGUACAGUAUCUGUAGCAUGCCGUU